AUGGCGUUCCUGGUUUACGCCACACUCGUCGUCACCCCACCAGGCCCAAAGCAGCAACGCUUGCGGGCAGCCCCUUCGCAGCCCGUGCGUUUCAAGCGAGUCCACAGCAUUUUUGGCCUGUGCCUAGGCGUCUCCGAACUUCACGAUCCCGAACUCCAACGACCCGUCCACACACAAAUCGUCAAGAUGCCUUCCGAAGUUUCCGACAUCAAGCAGUUCAUCGAGAUCUGCAGGCGCAAGGAUGCCAAGUCCGCCCGCAUAAAGAAGAACAAGAAGGUCAACAACAUCAAGUUCAAGGUCCGAUGCUCAACAAACGUCUACACCCUCGUUCUUAAGGACACCGACAAGGCCGAGAAGCUCAAGCAGAGUCUGCCCCCGGGUCUUACCAUCACCGACGUUGGCAAGAAGAACCCCAAGGGCAAGCACGCAUAA